AUGAGCGAGAGACAAUCUAAAGCUACCCAAGUCAAAAAUGAACGAAUCUUGAACGAUCUUGCUAAAUACCCUGGCAACGAUCGGUGUGCUGAUUGCAAUUCUAAAAAUCCUCGAUGGGCGUCGUAUUCAUUGGGAAUUUUUCUUUGUAUUCGCUGUGCGGGUAUUCACCGUAAAUUGGGAACACAUUUAUCAAAAGUCAAGUCUAUUACUAUGGAUCAAUGGUCCUCUGCUCAAAUUGAAAUGAUGCGUGAAUCAGGAGGCAAUAUUGUUGUUAAUAGUAGGAUUAAUCCUAACCCUGACAAACAUCCACUUCCUUUGGCUACGGACGACGAGCAGUAA